CCGAUGGUAGCGCCAGAACCAGUUGACCUAAUAAUACAACCAGUCACUUCGCGUAUAAUUCCUUUCGUGAUCGACGUAUGUAUAUACACAUAUGCGUAUCAUCUAUGCACGUUAUACACAUAGAAUUGCAAAUACGUGGAAUACCAUUGAACGAAGAGAUCUACGUUAAAAGCAACGUGAACCGUGAAUCCCAAAGUACGGAUGUAACACGUUGAGACGUAUACAUUUCUUCGCAAGCCGAGUGCGAGUUUCUUGCGCAUGCGACGAAACGUCGUUUCGCGCAGAGAUUGAGACUUCGAGCAGACAGGAAGAAACAUGAAAUUUCUUAGGAGAGUUUGAUCGAUUGGAACUUGGGACAAAAUUUCAGUGGUCGAAUGCUUGUAAAAGCCUUGUCCACGCAAAGGAAACUCGUCGUCUGUCCAUACGGUACUUGGCUGAGGAUUGCUUCCAAGAAGACCAAACCCUCAGCAUCCGAGGUCUUAACGAGUUAUCUGCUGCAAACGAACGAGCCACCAUGGACUUCGUAUUUUGUCAAGUAUGCCGACGUUGUGAACGAUCAAAGAGGGAUGUCCCACUUCAAUUGGCCAGUAGGCAACAGCAAUUAUCAUGUACUUAGAACCGGCUGCUUUCCAUACAUCAAAUACCACUGCACCAAGAGGCCACGACAGGACCUCAGCGCUGAGGACAAAUUUUUCAAGGCGAUCAAGCUUCUGAACCUUGGUAUACCUACAUUAAUGUAUGGACUGGCAGCAAUUUUAUUGAUCAGACACCAAGAAAUCGUAAAUACGUCUCAAGGAAACGUAGUGAUAUAUUUCUUACUGCCCGAGGACAAAGGUUCCAUGUACUGAUAUACACGUAGAUGAACACAUUGUAUUAAUUAAAGAUGACUUUCACUCGGCGGAGAUGACGAUACGUCGGAACAUGGCGAAAGAACUUUCACUGAAGAAGAUCUGUACCUGUUGCGCGGCUUUUGUACGCGACAUCAACAACCUUCGACCUACUGGUAUCGCUGCCUAAUGCCAAGCCAUCCUAGCGACUAUCGCGAUAUCUAGAAUCGUCCUAUCGAAGGCUCGAUACACGUUAUACGAUGUUAUCGUCACAACGCUAUACUCGACUGCGAGGAGAAACAUCACCUUUCGAAAGGACAACAGGCGUUGGUGAUUGGAC